AUGAAAGUUGAAGUUGGCGGGGCGACAGAGAUACGUUGGGGGCGACACAUGUUCCGCCGUACCGCCGCCUCGUCUCUGGGGUACUUGCGCGCUUCCUCUCCGCGAGUGUCUGCGAGGGAAUCUUCAAAUCCAAUCUAACGUUAUUUGGCGUUGAGCUAUGGCCACGAACAGUGAAAACCGUGAACGAAUUCGUGAACAUAAAGUCUUCCUAGUAGAAACUUUAUGUGAAGAAGCUGACGUCAUCUUGCAGCACGCGCAUCAGGAAAAACUUAUUACCCCGCGGGAAUACAGGAAUCUUAAAGAUGUCAGUAACAGAGAGAAGAUGACCAUUGACCUUCUGGACAAACUCAUGAGCAAGGGAGAGGAAACCUGCUCCAAGUUCGUACAGAUUGUAAGACGGGGCAAUAUAUUGGAGACUUUUCCAUCAUUGGUGGGUCAUGCCAUCAUUGCGCCUCCAGGGAAAAUACAAGAUCAGGUAACAUCAGAGGUCACUUUCAUAUUCUGAAGAUUUAAAGUCAGGUAAGAAAGAGACAAGUAUGUUUAAUAAUUGUAUACAAAUGUAUUUCUGUCUGCAUAUUUCAGAGCAGGCCAUACACAAUAACACACAUUCCACGUGGUACCUGCGUAAUCAUCAACAAUGUACAUUUUCCAAGCAUGACGGAAAGGAGGGGAUCAGAUGAGGAUCAAAAGUCUCUUGACAGAGUUUUCCGCUGGCUGGGGUUUACGGUGUUAGUACAGAGAGAUAAAACCACAGCACAAAUAAAGGAUCUCCUGAAGAAUCUGGGCAAGACAGUGAAUGGUGACUGCUUCAUAUGCUGCAUCCUCAGCCACGGCAACAGUGAUGGAGUCUAUGGAACCGACGAGAACAUUGUUUCUGUGGAUGAAAUACGUGAACCUUUCAAUGGCAUUAACUGUAGUAACCUAGCUGGCAAACCCAAACUGUUUUUUAUACAAGCUUGUCGUGGGAGCAAAAUGCAAAAUGUUGUUCAAGUCCAAGCAGAUGAUCCAGAAGGAGGCGAGUCAGAGCUGGAGGUGGAUGCUCAAAGCCUGUUAGUCUCAAUCCCAGAUGACUCGGAUUUCCUCAUUGCCAGAUCAACUACUGACCAUCACGUCUCUUUUAGAAACCCACUGAAAGGCUCCUGGUUUAUUCAGUCUCUGUGCCAGCAGCUAGAGACACAUUGUCCACAGGGAAAUGACAUCCAGACAAUACUGCUCGCUGUGAAUUCUGAUGUCAGCCUUGAGGGGGUUACCAGAAAACAGAUGCCUGUCCAUGAAGUUGCCAUGAGGAAGAAACUGAUUCUUCAUGUCCCCUGUGUCCAGUGAAACACUGCAAAGUCCUGCAGUACAUGUGAAGCUUCUUAUGUCAUUUAUACAAGUAUUUUUCUUAAAUGAUUGAUGUUUUCAUUAGUUCUGUUUUUAGUUAAUCAGAAACAAAUCUUAGAUUCCCUUUUAUCUUUAAUGCAAACACAAUUUAAACGAUUUUGUAAAAGUAAAUAAAAAAAUGGGGACCAAAGCUGUUAACAUGAAAGCAGUCAUGGGCCGUGGAACAUCUUCAUUUUUUAUUUUUAAACAUUUUAUUAUUUCCUUUUAAAAAUGUUGCUUGAGAUGUUUUUCUAAAUAUCUUGGACAAAACUACACAAACUUUUCUAUUUUUAUAUGCAUUUACUGUAUCUAUUAAAAAAGUCUACCAACUGUACUGUACUAUAUUAGAUAUUGUAGUUUUACAUCUCCAAUAAACAACAUUCAAUCAACACAAACAUCAUUGGGUAAGACUAA